CAGUGUCUACCUGUUUUGCUUUUAUUUUGUCCAAUCAACUUCCGGUAAUUAGGUUGACCUGUGUCGCAGAUUCGACACACAUUUUUGCAUUCAUAAACCCAAAAUAUGCUUAAACUAUUCAAGUUUUGACUUUAUAUAUCUAUACUUCCACUAUUUUUUUCUGGAAUUUUAAAUAUAAUUUGCCUUUUCAUAUACGGGGACCAGCAUGGACGGGCAACAAAGUGCUGGUUCUGUAUUCAUGUGUCGUCUGUGCAACCUCUUCUCUCCAAGUCGUUCUCAGCUGCUGGUCCAUUGCUCCAAGCUUCAUUCUCAGCAGGAGUCUCCAGAUGACAUAAUCAUUACACUUCAGCCUCUGGUAGCAGAGCCUGGAGUUCUUCUGGGAGAGGGUCCAGUGAAGCGAAAGCGAGGACGACCGAAAGGCUCCACAAAAAAGAAGCCCACAAUAGACUCCAACGGUUCUGCUGAGCACGAUUCAAAAGAAAAAACCCCUACAAGUCAGGAGGUGGAACAACCAUGCCACCUAAAUAAAGGUGAAAGUCCGGAUGGGAUCCUGACUCUGGAAUGCAGAAGCUGUCACCGCUCGUUCAGCAACAAACGACAGAUCCUGAAACAUAUCUGCCUGAAAAAUGAGGAUGAAGAGGAGGAGGAAAGAAACAAGGAUACGGGCAGCACCAGAGCCCAGAAAAACCACCACAGUUUUGUUUCUGCUGGUGAAGGCCUCAGGAGUGGGCCAGCGAAUUCUGUCAUUAGUGUUGUCCUGACUGAAGAUGAGACGCUUCCAGAUGUUUCUAAAAUGGUUCCAUUAGAGCGCAGCUCUGCAGAAAAAGAGCCUACAACCGACAAAACUCCUCAACAGGACCCCUCCAAGGAGACUACUGUCUGUAAACCUGCAACAGACCAGGAUCUACAGAUAAGCAAAGGUUUUCAGGAAUACUCCUUAAAGCAAGAAGCUUCCAGUUUACCUCAGAGCGAGUUAAAGAUCUUUGCCUGUCAGUUCUGCAAUAAGAUCUUUAAGUUCCGACAUUCGCUGGUCGCCCACCUGAGGACGCACACUCAGGAAAAGCCCUUUAAGUGUCCACACUGUGACUACGCAUCCGCCAUCAAAGCGAACCUGAACGUUCACCUGAGGAAGCACACAGGAGAGAGGUUCACCUGUCCACACUGCUCCUUCAGCUGCCUCAGCCCAGGACACCUUAAGGUCCACAUCGAGCGAGUCCAUCUGAAAAUGAAGCAGCACUGCAGCUUCUGUGACAAGAAAUACUCCGAUGUGAAGAACUUGCUGAAACACAUGGAGAAGCAACAUAAUCUGAAAGAUGCUGCUGUGAAUCAGAAGUACCAACAGCUGAGGUUAAAAACCCGUCAGGGUCUCAGGCAGCUCCUGUACAGAUGUCCCACCUGCAACCGGCGCUUCAAAAACCAGCUGGAGCGUGAGCGCCACCUGCUGCUCCACGGGCCUCAGCGCCCCUUUGCCUGCUCACUCUGUAACCACGCUGUGACCAAGUUUGCCGCCCUCGCCGCUCACGUCAGGAAGCACCUCUUCAUCUACGUGUGCUGCGUGUGCGAGGAGAAUCUGGUCAGCUCUCACAGACUGAAGGAUCACCUGGAAAAGUCUCACAUGGAGCUGGACAAAGGGCAAGCCUUUAUCAACUCCAUCAACAUGAGCUACUAUCUGGUGCCUCCUGAGGGAGGUGAAGGGAGUGAGGAGGGCAAAGACUUGACUGUGGAGACGAUGAAGGAGGAUAGUGUGGUUCGAGAAGGAGGGAAGCAUCCUGCAGAAGAGCAGGCGUGGAAAGGUGGGGAGGGAGAUCAGCUGACUGAGGAGGCAAAUGAGGACCAAACUAAAUCUCUGGAAGGAAACACGAAGGAUGAGCAGGUACAAGAAGAGGGAAAAGGAAUAUCCACUCAAGCAUUAGCAGCAGAGAAGAUACAAAACUCAGCAACAUGCACGUCUGCGACUGACAAAACACAGGAAAGUUGUCCACAUGUGGAGGACAAGACUCAAGAAAACAGACAUGAUUCUGCAGAUAAAAACACUCACACAUCUGCACCUGGAGAUUCAAACUCCUGCUCAAAGCUGGACUCAAAUCUUUCUGAUCCACAGGUGUUGAAGGACCUCCCUCAGAGCGCAUUCCAGCAGGUGUUUUCAACUCUUCCAAAGACUAAGCUCGACAUGGAAACUUUCGAGAAGCUUCGAAAAGUUUACGGCAACUUGGAGUGUCAAUACUGUGGUAAACUCUUUUGGUACAAAGUGAACUUUAACGUCCACGUGCGCACACACACUAAGGAGCACCUGCACUACUGUUCAGAAUGCAGCUACUCCUCCAUCACUAAAAGCUCUCUGAGGCGCCACCAGACCCAGAAGCACGGCGACCUGCAGCUGCAGUGCUCCAGUCCUGGCUGUAAAUACACCACACCUGACAAAUACAAGCUUCAAGCUCAUGUGAGGGCGCUUCACGAACAGGUGAGCAGAGCGACGUGUCCCGUCUGCAAUCACAGUUAUCCAGAGCACCGUCUAAAACACCACAUAAAAUCCUCCCACCCUGACAAAGUUCCCGUUCGUGGCAAAGGCUCGAUGAUGCAGCGAGCAGAGAAAUGCCCUUACUGUGACUCCUACUUCUUGAAGAACAGCAGUGACUUUCAGCAGCACAUCUGGGCCCAUCAAGGUUUGAAGCCGUACACCUGCGGCCUGUGUGACUACUCCAGCCGCAGUCGCAGUAACCUGAAGACUCACAUGAACCGGCACAACGUGGAGAGGCACCAUCUCUGCGAUCUCUGUGGGAAAAAGUUUAAAACUAAAAUCACUUUGAAGAGUCACAGACUGAGCCACACAGAUGAAGGAAAGCAGUUUAAGUGUUUGGAGUGCGACUUCACCUCCAUCUUAAAAGCAUCUUUACUGAGACAUAUGGAGCAACAUGCUAAAUUUAAGCCUUUUCGUUGUGCGCAUUGCCAUUACUCCUGCAACAGCACCGGCGCACUAAAGCGACACUACAACAUGAAACACCCGCAUCAGACUUAUGAGAACGCCGGACCCGGACUGCUCAACUGUGACACUCUGAAGGAGCAAGGUGGUAUGAAAUGUCCUGAAUGUGAGUUUGUUUAUGGGACAAAGUGGGAGCUGAACCGUCACCUGAAGAGCAAACACAAUCUUAAAGUUGUUGAAGGUCCUUUGGAGUCAUGUGUGCAAAUGCAGGUGGGCACUCAUUAUGUGUCUGUGGAAGGAGAGGAACACCUGACUGAAGCACCUUUAGCAGUCCUAGAAGAAAAUGUCAACAUCCAUCAAGUUGCUGAAUUCAGCUCAGAGACUCAGGAUGCAGUCACCUCCAUGGUUGCCAUGGGUCCAGGCACUGUCACUGUCGUACAACAGUUGCAGGUGGCUGGAGAGCAGGAGGUCACCGAAUGCAGCGACCAGCUGAUGGUGGUCAACACAGAAGGGGUUCCAGAGGGGAACCAGGUUAUGGUGGUGGAGGAUGCUCACGGCCUCGAGGCUCUGACCGUCUUAACUCAGGGAGAAAAUACACAUCACUAUAUUGUUUAUGUCCAGGAGCAAACUGUAGAGAUUAACUGAAAGUUGUUAAAAAUUCAGAACCAUGCUGAAAUGUAAUUUGAUUGCAAAUACUAAAAAAAAAAAAUGUCUUGUAAAAUGUACAUUUCUGUCUCUUUGUAACCAUUAAUGUAAAAAAAAUAAUAGUGUGUUUUUUUUUAAUAUCUUUGUUUAAGUCUACUGUAAUAAAGAACUUGUAUUUCAUUGUUCAA